AUGUGUUCCAUUUCAGCAUCCAACGCCUCAAACAGCUCAUUUUCUUUCACUCCUGAACCCGAAGCAUUACGAAUUACCCGCACGGUGUUGUUCAGCCUGAUAGCAGUUCUCGCCUUGGCUGGAAAUUAUGUGGUGUGUCGAGCUGUUUGGAGACACAAUGGAACCAAACCGAUCGCACAUUACUUAGUCAGCAACUUGGCUUUUGCUGAAAUUAUCAACAUGGUUUGUAUAGUAUUCAUGUUCCACGCAUAUGAACGACCCUGGUCUUGGGAACUUGGUAGUGCCAUGUGCAAAAUUCUCCCCUCUCUACAGGUAACAAGUUCUCUAGUUAUCACAGCAUCACUGGCCAUUCUUGCUGUCUACCGAUGUGCUCUGCUCAUUAAACCCGCGAUAACAAAAUCAACUCGAAGAAACGUUUGUCUUGCUAUUCUUUUCAGUUGGAUGGGAUCUAUUGGUUUGUCAUUUCCUUCAGGGAACUUUCGAGUGCUGACUUCAUGGGGUGAUAAUUGCGAGUUGCGUUUCUGCGCGGAACAAUUUCCUCAAGGAUUGGAACACUAUCAGCAGAUUUACUCAGUGGUUUUAUUCGUGAUCAACUUUGCCUUGCCACUUGUCAUAAUGAUAAUUUCCUACGCUCUGGUCGACAAGAAGAUUAGAGAACACAUCUUUGUUAUAGAACGACUUCAUGAUGAGCAGGAGAGAGCAUCGUCAAGCGUUACACAGAAUUCAGUUUGCAUACAGGAAUUGCAAUCAGGGCAAAGAGGCCUGAUAAACCAACCGGGCGACAAAAACGAAGAAGAUAUCCAGCUCGAGUACGAAGGUAAACAGAAGUCCCAAGUAUUUCAGGAUACAAACCGACGAAAGAAUAAACUCAACAAAUAUCCAGACACAUUUGAACUGGAAAACGACCUCCUAAAAAUGAUUUAUGCUUUGGUGUUAGUCUUCGUAAUUUGUUAUAUUCCAUAUCAAGUUCAGUUUCUUUUGUUAGAAUUUCGAGUUGAUGCAUUUGUGUAUUGGCCCCCGCGUCAUAUUUUUAGGAGGCUUGUGUUUACUUUGACUUGUUUUCCAAGUGCCCUGCAUCCUGUCUGUUAUGGUUUAAUGAGCAGAUUUUAUCGUAAAGCAUUUUUUAGGAUAAUAGCUUGUAGAAAGUACAAAACCUGA